GUAGUAUCCGUUGACCCGUAUUUUCGGGGGUUUAACGUUUUAAAUUUAAGCCACCGUUUUUAGAUUAAUAGUAAAUGGAAGACAAAAAACAUCAUCAUUGAGUAAAAACUAUGACAAACAAAAAGGAACCGUUUAAAAUACGAAAAUAAACUAUUUCAGUAAGAUAUCCUUUAUAUAUAUCUUUCUACUUUCACUAUCGGUAGUCUGUGUUGCUCGGAAGCUGUCUCAUAUUUUCGGGAUUUUGAUUGGAUGGCCUCGUUUCGGUAGUGACGUUGCGCGUGGUCAAAUUCUAUACUGCACUCAAUAUAUUUCGGGACAUUGGUUUAAGUUUGGCAUAAGUCCCGGUGAUGAAUUUAGGUGAAGAUAUGUUUUUUGUUCUUUUUUGUUGCUGUGUAGUUGAAAAUAACGUAUAAAAAUGAGAAAAGAAAUAGUUAUAAUUGAAAUGACAUUGAUAGAUUUAUAUUUAUGUGUUUUAAUAUGUUUAGUACGAAUUCUAACGGUAGUAAUUAAUAAAAAUAAGUGUUGGCGAAAACUUGAUGCUUUUUGGAGAGCCCAAUCAAUCGCACGAGCUGUCAUUCAUGACCGGAAAUGACGCCACGAAAAUAUGAGAACCCCCGAAAAUAUGAGAACAAGGCAUAUAGUGGGUCCUGGGGGUGGUACCUUGGGGGUAGGGCUUGGUCCCACGCCGAUAACCUGUGCUUUAUUGGGGAGAUCACUAGCUGCGUAGGAGAUUGCUGGACAGCUGGACCACAGACACAUGGGAUGUGGAGAUCAAAAUGCCUUUAAAAUCCAAACAAAAUGUUUAUUUGUCAAAAAGUUCUUAUUUCAACGCAAAGAUUUCAACUACUCUGAAGAUGGCUUCUAAACAAUAUACAAAGAGGGGAAAUUCACGAGAUGGUAACUUUACAGGUCAUGGUGAUAAUGAUAACAACCCUGGAAAUAGAGGCCAAGACAGAGGGCAACAACAAGGUCAAAGAAGAAAUAGUAGCUCUCAAGGUGAAGGGCAACAAGGGAGAGAAAGAAGAAAUCAAAGGAACCCAGUAAACAACAGGAAUCAAAAUCAAGAAAACCAGAGUGACAGGGGUCAGAACCAAGCACAAAGGAAUAACAGAGGUCAGCAUCAUGAAAACCAAACCAAUAGGGGUCAAUACCAUGGAAACCAAGGCAAUAGAGGUCAUUUCCAUGGAAACCAAAGCGAUAGAGGUCAUAACCAUGGAAACCAAAGCAAUAGAGGUCAUUCCCGUGGAAACCAAAGCAAUAGAGGUCAUAACUAUGGAAACCAAAUAAAUAAUGGACAGUUUCAAGGACAGCAAGAUUUUAGGGGGCAGAAUCUUCCACCAUCAGAUAACAGGGGACAGACUGUAGGAUGUGGUUGUGGACCAAAUAACCAGAGGGGGUUUUACCCAGGUCCAAGUGGACAAGAAAUGGGUCAUUUUCCGAGGCCAAGGUUUCCUGGCCAAAGUCCUGGUCUUCUACCAGAUCCUGGACCUAAUGCCUAUAAUGAUCCUCGUCAUAUGCAGUACCCUCAUGUACAGUACCCUGAUAUGAUGCGGUCAGGUCCAUAUAAUGCAAGCAGUUAUAGACCACCAAUGCAUGGUUAUGUCCCUGGUAUGCCACCUCACACAAAUACACAACCACCACCUUUGAUGGAUUAUCCCUGUUACCCAAAUGAACAGUUCAGGAAUACUGGGCAAAGAAAUCAAGGUCAACCAGGUUUUGAUGGGAGAAAUGGACCAGGGAUGAUGGGAAAUAUGGAAAGGAGUCAAAGCUCAAUGAGUAUUGAUAGUGUUGGAUCUGAACAUGAUGGGAGAAAAAGAAACUUUCGAGGAAGAGGUGGAAGGCCUUUUGAAAGAGGACGUGGAAAUGGACGUAUGAAUAGAGCUUCAAGUACACAAAGUAUAAACAGUGUUGGUUCAGAGAGACAUGAUGAUAGAAAUAACAAAGGAAGAGGUGGUAUGCGUGAUCGACCAGAUAAUAGAUCUAGACAAAACAACACCAGUGAUAAUGGAGCAAGACCAAAACAGUAUGAAAAUAUUAAUACUAAUAGGUCAGAGACAGUGGAUAAUUCAAACCAACAUAGAAGACGGGGUCCCAGAAAUGAAAGGGGUAGGGGGAGAGGUAGAGGAACAAAUUUUAGAGGGAACCAAAGGCCUUUAGAUAAUAGAGACACCAUGUCCAAUCAUUCUGAACAAAUAAGUGUUUGGAAUGUUUCUGAUGAAAGUGAUGAUUCUGACAAGAAUCAAGAAAGGCAACCAAGGUCAGUUAGAGGCAGAGGAAGGGGUAAUGGUAGAAGAUUUUGUGGGAGAGAUAACCGAAGCAGGUUUAGAGGAAGGGGAAACAGAGGUGUACAAAACUUCAGGGGAAGAGGAAGAAGUCCGAUACACACAGGAGAUAAUGGUCAAGAAAAGGAAAUUGAAAGGUUAAACUUAACUGAAGACAAAACAAAGUUGGAUUUGUUAAACAGAUUUCUUAGAAGUAAUAGAGGAGUAGUUAGUGGUUCUAGAAGAGGGAGGGGAAGAUUUUUCAGAGGAAGGUGGAUAGGACAUGUUGGAAACAGGAGGAAGAAGGAUGAUGAUGUGUCUUCAGUUUGGAGCAAUGUUGAGAGUGACGAUCAUCUAAGCAUUUCUUCAGAGGUUUCAUCAGCUGUACCUGAUAGUGUGUCAGAAGGGGGUCAGGAUCAACAGAAGUAUGAAAUUUGUCUUGAUGAUGUCUAUACAGUGCAACUUCACACUCUUAGAAACAGGGUUAUGAGGUACAAGAGGAAACUUGCUGAUAUGAGGAAAAAGAAUGAAGAUAAAGAAGAAAUUAACAAGUACCAAGAUAAAAUCAAUGAAAUCAAAGCAGUCAUUCAGAAGAGAGAAGACUCUGAAAAGAAAACAAUGGAAAAAAAGGCUUCCAACACAUGUAAAAAGAAAGGCAAGAAAAAAACUAAUGAUGAAAAUACUGGUAUUCCUGAUGAAAGGAGGGAAACAUCAUCUGCUGAAUCAGAAACAGAAAUGAAAGUAAGAGAUGUGCAGACAAAAUUGAAGAAAAUGCACAGUUUUAACACUGCUAAAGGACACAUAUCUUUCAGACCAAAAACAAAAAAGGUAGCAAAGAAAAAGACAGUUGAUAAGACACUUGAACCAGAAACAUUUGAUGCAGACAGUGCUGAUAGCAGUGUUACUGUUGAAUAUGAAAAUGUUUUGGAAGAAGAAAAUGAGCCAGUUAAAGUAGAGAAAAAGAAGCGUCCAAGGAAUAGAAAUAGGAAAAAGAAAAACUUGGGAGGCAAUGGGGAUGAUACAAAAUGUACAGAAAAGGAGCAAAAAUUGAAUGAUCUCCUUGUUGAACUGGAAAGUAUAUCACUUGAAGAAAAUAAAUCAGGAAAACAAGAAAACUGCAAUGACAGUGGUCUAUCUUCAAAGUCCAGGGGCAGCUCAGUGAAUGAUUGUGGGAGCUUUAUUUCUGAUUAUAGCACCAUGAACGAUUCACAUGUAGGAAAUGAAACUCCCCAGAAGGAAAGAAAUGAAGCUUUACCAGGAAAGAUACCAGAAAAAAGAGUGAGAGGUGGAAGUGAGUCAAAUGCUAAUGGUCCAGAUGUAAAUGAAGUUUUUAAAUUCAUGGUGAAGAUUUUAAGUGGUAAAGGCACACCAGAAGAGAUCAAUAGAGAAUCAGGACUUUUUCCUUUAGACUUUGAUGAAAAAAGCUGGUUUCGUAAACUAAAAAGAAGAUUCACUAUCAUUGAUAGAGAUGGCGUUAUAGAAAUGGUUUUAGUUUCCAAUAGGGAUGCCACAUAUUGCCUUGACUACAUCACAAACCGGUCAUGCAGUAAGGCAGAUUGUAAGAGGUAUCAUGUUUGUAAAAAUCUAUUGGCAGGAAACUGUGUAUAUGGAGACAGAUGUAAGUUUUCUCAUGACUUAUUAGAUGAGUGGAAUAUGAUUGUUUCUAAACGUCUAGGUUACAGUAAUGUCUUCACAAGUCAGGAAAUAUGCUACAUUCUUCAAGUUAGAUAUCCACAUAUUUGCCACAAUUGGAUUGACAAUGGCUUUUGUGAGGAGCCGUCGUGUAUUGGUCUACAUUUAUGUCCUCGCUAUUUGAUUGGUCAAUGUCUAGAAGGUGAGGCAUGUCAACUUGUACAUGACAAAUGCUCCACCCACAAUAAACCAAUUGUGGAUGCCUAUGGUAUGGGCAAUUGGGUUGAGAGUAUCUUCAAAAGAAUGGUUUAUAUGAAAAGGGAACCUGGAACUGAAACAAAAGAAGAAGAAACUGAGAUAGUCAAUGAAAGGUCACGUCAUGUGUCAGAGACAGAAGAUAAUAAAUCAUCAGUAAGAAAAAGGCAUAAUUCCCAGAAUGCACCAGAGUUGGAAAAUUCUGCAGGUGAUAGGGCAAUAUGUGACAAGUAUAUAAUUGGUAAAUGCCGGCGUCAGCGCUGUAGAUUUCUCCAUACACAGACAUUGUCUCCAUAUAUAUGGCAAGUUCAACUCUGUGGUAAUUGGAUAAACCUGGAUAAUAUAGAGCAAAUAGAGAAGGCAUACUGUGAACAUGAAGAUUUCUCGCAAGAAAUUCGUCUGAUGUAUAAAGAUAUGCAAUUUUCUGUGGUGAUAGUUUUCAAACCAAGUAUUCGUGCUGUUGCUGUUGUAAUUGGUACUGAAGAUGGAGGAAUUCACACCGAGGUUCGCCGUCUGUCAACUAAGUCAUAUAAAGAAGAUGAUGAUGACAAAAAUAGUUUUAAGACACAGUGGAGAUGGUAUUGGAAAGACGAUUACAGUCGUUGGAACUUGUUUGACCAGGAAGCAAUGCAGCAUACACUAGAGGUAAAGUAUCUUGCCAAGCAGAAAGACUUUAAUUACUCGAGGGAGAAUUAUCGUUUCAAGUACGUCAUUGACUUCAAAGAAAUGAAGCAGAGAAACAUAGGUACACGAAAAGUGCGAGAAAUCAGCAGACUGCCUAUUUUCGUACCACUGCAAAAUGUUGCAGGAAAGCAAUUUCCUACAGCAUUAUCAGCUGCUCCAGCUGUAGAAACACCUCUACCAGAUAAAUGGGUACCGUGGGAUCUUGCUCACCCAUUUGAGCUGGUUACAAUUGAAGAGAACAGUGAGAUCUAUACCUGGGUAUCUGACAAUUUCUACAGGACAUUGAGUCGUACAGAGAUACAGAUUGAUACAAUAUUCAGAAUGCAGAAUUAUAAAUUACGAAGUCUGUACUGCAAUCAGGAAAAGUCAAUGCUUGCAAAUCUGAAAAGAUUGGGUAAGGAAGGACCAAUCUACCAGCGAUACUUGUUUCAUGGAACUGAUAGUCUCGAUGCAGUGCGGGGUAUCAGUAUUAACAACUUAGAUAAUCGUGUAUCUGGUAAAAAUGCCACUAUGUAUGGAGAUGGUGCGUAUUUUGCGAGAGAUGCCAAAUAUAGUCAUGCAUACACUGGUAGCGGACCAGAGAGAUUUAUGUUUUUGGUGACAGUAUUGGUUGGAGAUUACACAUUAGGGGAUAGAAGUUACAGGCGCCCUCCUAAUAAACCAGGGAACGAUCAUGAACUCUAUGAUUCCUGUGUUAACAACAUUGACAAUCCAUCUAUAUAUAUUGUUUUUGAUAAGAAUCAGUACUACCCAGAAUACCUUAUUCAGUAUCAUAAACAGUAUGAAGAUUUUCAUACAAGCACUGUGCCGAAACCACGGAAACCGGUCGUUCUUUCUGGACAUGGAGCUGUUGGUGGUUUGAACACAGGCGUGCACCAACCAGCAGUGUUUCCGACUAGAAGACGUUCACCAAGUCCACCAGUACUGGUUUAUCCUCCUACAUCAAGUAGUACCAGAACUUCUGUGUCACCACCAAGACUGCGAACC